UGUGUUUCCAGUAGGAAAUAAUUGUAUUACUAUAUGCUGUGAUGAGAUUCUAAUUAUUCCUAGAUUAAGAAAUUGUUAUUUUCUCAUCUUUUUAUAUUUUCAUGUUUGCAGUUUGCAAUUUCUUCUGGAAUCCUUACAGCUUGCACCAUGUAUAAUUUAUUCAAGUAUAGUGAUAAGACACUGGUGUUUGCAUACUUUUUUGCUUUUGGGCUAAGUGCAAUCAUGCUCUCAUUCCUUAUAUCAACAUUUUUCAAACGGGCUAAAACAGCUGUAGCUGUUGGAACUCUAUCUUUUCUUGGAGCUUUUUUCCCAUAUUACACAGUAAAUGACGAGGGAGUUUCAAUAAUCUUGAAGGUUAUUGCUUCUUUGCUUUCACCUACUGCCUUUGCUUUGGGUUCGAUCAACUUUGCCGAUUAUGAGCGUGCACAUGUCGGACUUCGUUGGAGUAACAUAUGGAGGGAAUCAUCUGGAGUGAACUUUCUUGCAUGUCUUCUGAUGAUGAUACUUGAUACACUGCUAUAUUGUGCGAUUGGACUUUAUUUUGACAAGGUAUGUCUUUGGGUGUGUGAAUAUAUAUCCUCUAAUUUAGACUAUUCAAGUAAUAGGACUAGAAUGGAAGGGGACCACUCUAAGCGUUCUCCUCACCUCCUUGCUGGAAGCCUGCAUCUGUAUAGAUGAACUCCUUUCAAUCCAUUGGUUCUUACCAGAUAAAAUGAAGCUUGACCAAUUUACUGAUGUAUUAGUUUAUGUAAUAGCUAUGUGUCAUGGCACUUGAAGAAUGGAGAAUGGUCCAUGGUUUUUAUGUAUUGAACACUUCAUAAUCUGAUGCCUUUAAA